UGCAAAGUUUUUCUAGGGAACAUUAGAUACGGCCCUGCCCCUGAUGAACGAUUUUUAUUAUAAAAACGGAAAAAAAAAAUUAUCAACCUCAUACUUUAUUUCUUGAUUCUUGGAAAAGUUUUACAAUAUUAUUUAGGUAAAACUCCAUUCAUUAUUUUUUUAAAGUGUGAACUACAUUCCUAUCAGAUUGAUAGAUUCCACUAUCAAAAUGAUGCGUUUGGAAAAUUUACUAUCAUGUACUCUCAUAGUAAAUAGUAUCUUCACGGGUAUUUGUGGAUAUGAUGAUUACAAUAUAAUUGCAGAAAACGUUGAAAAACUUUUGGAUAAUUUCGAAAGUUACACUUAUCCAACAAAUAAUGAGUUUUUUUUUGAAUCUAAUGAAAAAACAGCAGACUCUACUUGUGAGGAAAAGGAGUACGAUUUUAUAAUUGUUGGAACCGGAACGGCUGGUGGAGUGUUGGUAAAUAGAUUAACAGAAGAAGAAGAUUUUACAGUUCUGGCAUUAGAAGCUGGAGAUGAACCACCGCAAUUGUCAGAUAUGUUAGCUGUCAGUAUUUACUUGCAUCGUACUCCCUAUAAUUGGGGCUAUAACACGACUGCGCAAAAAAACAUGUGUUUAGGUUCACGAGACAAUAAAUGCGCAUAUCCCAGAGGCAAAAUGUUAGGCGGUAGCAGUUCCAUCAACUUUGGAAUGUACGUUAGAGGUCACAGGCAAAAUUUCGACCAUUGGGCAUCUUUAGGUAAUCCUGGUUGGUCAUAUGCUGACGUUUUGCCAUAUUUCAAAAAAGCAGAACAUGCGACUUUUGAUAAUGCCGAUCGUGAUUAUCAUGGUUUCGAUGGACCUCAGAAGAUUAGUGUACCUGAAGAUACACCAUUGUUGACUGAGGCCUUAAUGAAGGCUCACAUAGAACUUGGCAAAAAUGAAACCGACUAUAACGGAAAAGAACAAGACGGUGUAGCUAGAUUGCAAUUUUUUUUGGAUAAAAAUAUACGCGCAAGCUCAAACCAUGCUUUUAUUAAACCAGUAAAAAAUCGUCGAAAUCUUGAAAUUAGCGUUAACUCUUACGUUACCAAAAUUCUUAUAAAUGGUAACACGGCUUUUGGUGUUCAAUAUUUAAAGAACGGUAAAGAAUGCACGGCGAAGGCAAGCAAAGAGGUGAUUUUAUCAGCAGGUGCAAUUAACUCACCUCAGCUUUUGAUGUUAUCUGGAAUUGGACCAAAAGAAGAACUAGCAAAACAUGGCAUAGAGCUCAUAGCAGAUUUACCCGUUGGAAAAUAUUUACAAGACCACCAAUUUUUUCCAGGAAUAUUUUAUAGACCCAAACGCGAAUUUUAUCACAAUUCAAUCCUAGAAAAUGUAAAAUUAUGGACAGAGAACAAACGACCACUUACUCCCAGCAUGGGUCAACAAAUAGUAAGUUUCUGGAAUUUCCUUGGCCUUGAAGGAACUGUACCAGAAAUCGAACUUUUCUUUUUUGGACCACCGUUAAUAAGUUACCACCUCGCAGCAAUUUUAGGAUACACAGAUGAGUAUAUUGAGAGCUUCAAAACCUUAAACCCAUACAGUGACAUAAAUGUCAACAUAGAACUUCUUCACCCGUUAUCCGAAGGGAGUGUAACCCUUAACUCAAAAGACCCUAGAGAUUUCCCGCUCAUUGACCCCAACUACUUUUCAGAUCCAAAAGGUGUUGAUCUUGAGCUAAUGUAUGAAGGGGUUAAGGUGGCUUUGAAACUGAACGAAACCGAAGCUUUUAAGAGUCUAGGUCUAGAACUGAUAAGUAUUCCAUAUCCUACUUGCGAUUCGAAAUUCGAAAAAAUGUCCAAACCAUGGUGGUUUUGCGCUCUGAAAACCUUAUCUUCCACGCUUUUUCAUCCGAUAAGUACAACAAGAAUGGGUCCCAAUCCUGAAACUUCAGUUGUAAAUUCAAAACUAAAGGUACACGGAAUCCAGAAUUUAAGAGUAGUGGAUGCUGGAGUGAUGCCGGAUCAUAUUUCCGGGCACCCGAAUGCGGUAACUGUUAUGAUUGCAGAAAAAAUAUCUGACGAAAUUAAAGUAGAUCAUUUGGGGCCACCAAAAAGAAAAUGAAAUACAUAUCUAUAAAUAAAUGAACACAUAGAUAAAUAGAUUAAACCAUACCCAGCAUAAUUACCGACCUAAGUCCAUGCACGCUGGUUUUGAAGUUGUUAUUGCACCUAUUUAGGUCGACGUCGCUGGUGAUUUGGUAAAAGGUUUUGGUUGUUCAUUCAGGGUUGAUAAAAGUUUUCUCAACCUAUUUGUAUGUUUUUUUUGUCCCACAGCCACAGCUCCCUAAUUUUAAUGUCUGCCCAGCGACUCUGAGUCAACGGGGCAACGGUGAGGAGAAUGCAGUUGUAAAAAAAAUGGCUGAUUUCAUUCAUAAAAUACCAAGCUGCGUGCGGAACUUUAUGGAAGUGUAAUAUUGUAUUGUAACUCGUACACAAAAAUUGACAACGACCAAACCCUCGCCACUGGAUAUUUCAAUAUAAAUCGAUAUUUCAAUAUAAAUCGAUAUUUCAAGAUGGAAGGAUAAUUUACGGUAGCCUUGGCCAAUAGCGAGAUGUAAGGUGAUGUUAGCCCACUGACAACCGCAUGGUUUCCCGUGGUUCAUCCAGGUCGGAUACUUGCCAAAUUGACAAAACCUGAUGGAAUCUUUGGAAAAUGUUUAUUUUUCACAUUAGACAAAAUAGAAGAAAUCAGUUAUUAAAAUAAGAAUAGAUCUAACAACCACGUUAGAAUAUUUAGCGUUGCAUUGUUAUCUAUAUUUUGUUAUUAAAAAAUGAAUUUUCACAUGAACUAUACCUACCUCAUUUACGUCCGAA